AUCGGCGAGUGCAUCGUAUAUAAGCUGCUGCUGCGGUUCGUACCUGGUCCAGACCAGUUCGACGUUCUAAUAGACCAGCCACAAUGAAGUUACUGACGGCAUUUGCGAUACUCGCUUUUUUUGCACUGGCUCUAACGGAGGCGGCUGUUUACAUUGGCGGCGGUUGCUACGACUGUAAUCCGCCCGGCGGCCAGGGACCCGGAAUCUAUACAGGCAACGGAGGACGCGGAGGAGCAGCUGGAGGUGGAUACAACGGUGGAGGAGGUGGCUACAAUGGCGGCGGCGGAGGAGGAGGUGGCCGUCGUCCAGUAUAUUCGGGCAACUUUGGACCAGGCUAUAGCAAUGGCGGAGGAGGAGGUGGUGGAGGAGGUGGUGGUUACGGAGGAGGAGGUUAUGAUGAUGGCGGUCUUACGCAGAUUAUAACUGGCUGAGAUUAUAAUCUCCAAGCUUUGGUAGCGCUAAGCCCACAGAGCAAGCUUAGUUUGAAGCUUAGAUUACAUAGACUAAAUAAAAAAACUUAUACAUUUUA